AUGAGAACUCACUCAUCUCAGACUGUAAAUUCGGCGGCAAAUCUGGCGGCGGAUGGUUCAGACAGUGGACGGUGCAAGCGGCGGGAGGAGGGAGUCGAAGGGGGAGAAGAUCUCGAAGCGGGGCGAGCCAAACGACCACUUAACCGACCCCGAGACCCCAUACCGCAGCUAAAGGCAAAACGAAACCAAAAAACUAGAACUCAGACCAAAAACUGCAAACAAACCGCCAAGACAGAUCCGGGGAGGUGGCUGUUCUCCCUUCAGAUCUGGGCUCCGAAAGACUUCAACGGCGAGGAAGAGAGGAAGAGUCGCCACGAACACACUGGAGGUCUCAAAAUCAAGACCCGAGGAAGGAACACUCAAGCUGCAACCGGACGAGCGCCGGCGUUCCAGCCACACGACGGACGGGCGGGCCGCGGCCUACUUGAAGAAAACUCUGAACAAAGUCAGGCAUCCACGACUUCCAACAGGCGGAAAAGAAACAACACACGAGCCGGACUCCCGCGGACUGGCCGACUCCUGCGGCUGGAGCCGGAGAGCGGCGACAGCACUCCCACCGCGGCUGUGAAAACGGAACGUCGAGAUCCGCCGCCAAACGGGUCUCCUGUCGAGCUCUGGGGGGCGAUAAAGGGCUCCAAUCAUGCCUCGGUCCGGGCGGCUAGACGGGUGCUACAACCCGCCGACGGAGAGGGAGGGUGUGAAGGAAUACUAACCAGAAACAUUUUCCCCUCAACUCCAGCCGUUGAAUUAUCGAAACUACCGCAGCAGAUCGACACGGCGAUGCACGCAGCCAUGGCGGUUAGCACGCCGCCAUACGCCUACAGUUGCAGCUUCCACCAAACCCUAGAUCCGUCUUGUUCUCCUUCUUCAUCCGCCGCCGCUCUGCACCGCCGUUCAACUUCUCACAAGGUUUCUAGAUUUUUCGGCACUCGGAUUACUGAUUCCGGGAGAUUCAAUCAGGUGCGGUUGCCCUCAGUUUCUCGGCAGCCAAGGAUAAGGGCGGUUGUUACACCCGAUUCAUCUGUGCUCACAGAGGAAAAUGUAGAGAGCGUGUUGGAUGAAGUUCGGCCUUAUCUUAUGGCAGAUGGGGGUAAUGUUGCGUUACAUGAAAUCGAUGGAAAUGUCGUGAGAUUGAAAUUACAAGGAGCUUGUGGUUCCUGUCCUAGUUCUAGUAUGACGAUGAAAAUGGGUAUUGAACGUCGUCUAAUGGAAAAGAUCCCUGAAAUUGUUGCUGUUGAAUCAAUAUCAGAUGAAGAAACGGGCCUUGAGCUAAAUGAAGAAAACAUUGAGAAGGUUCUUGAAGAAAUAAGACCUUAUCUAGUUGGAGCAGCCGGUGGGGAACUAGAGCUCGUGGGAAUUGAGGACCCGAUAGUCAAAGUACGGAUUAGUGGGCCUGCAGCUGGUGUGAUGACUGUCCGCGUAGCUGUUACUCAAAAACUUCGAGAAAAAAUACCAGCAAUUGCGGCUGUUCAACUUCUGUCGUAAAAUAUUACUAGUCUACAGGCCCCUUCCCUUUCAAAUGGUUUUUGUGGGUGCAGACUCGGACACAAACCAUCGUGCAGCAAGUGAAUAAAACCUUUUAAUGCAACUAUAGGAACUGAGUUGUACGGCUUGAGAAGAAUGGGGUGAUAAAGAGGUGCAGUCCAUGUACCUACUGUUUGAUGUAUUUACGUUGCAAGACCUCGCUGUGUACAUGUACAUACAGUUGUAAUCUCAGACUUUGCACACAAGAGCCCGAAUUCGUAUUUGUUACUGUUAUAUUUUUUGUUAAUAUAAAAAUAAUGUAAGAUGAGUUAUAUGUUACAUGCAUGCGUGGGUGUAAGAUGAACUUGACAACCUUCGUCACAAGAUUGAAACUUCAUGUUACAUUUGUGAGUGUAAGA